AUGUUGUAUAAUUUAAUACCAGGAAGACAAUCUUAUUUAAACUACGUUUAAAAUGUUUAAGAAGGGGACUAUUUCUUAUUUUAAGAUGAACCUUAUAAAAUUCUCAAAGGUCAAGUUAAAAUGAGUAGUCAUGGAAUUUGUGCUUUUUUUAAAGCAGAACAUGCAUUUUCUAAAUAAAUCCUUGAAGAUUAAUUUCAUUCUAAUGGAUAUUUGGAAAUUCCUGUGAUUUAAUUUGAGGAAUAUAAUUUGGUUGGAAUUUAAAAUGAUGAUUUUUUAUCUUUACUAAAAUCCAAUGGUACUAUAAGAGAAGAUUUAAAGAUGCCUAUAUAUAAGGAGUUAAGUAACAAAAUAAAAAUGUGGUUUGAAGAUGGAAAGUAAUAUAUUUUUAUUAUAUUUUUAGAGAAAUCAUAGUAUAGAUUAUGAAAUAUUUGGAUAAAGAGGAGGUGUUUAAUGCAAGAUGUGAGGAAUGA